UCUGUGGAAAUGAGCAAAAGCGAUAAUAUUUUUAUUUCUGGUGAUUUUAUGGUUCAAAGUGGUCAAAUAUAUCAGUAUCACUUUGGAAUUGUACUGAUAUUUAUCAAUUAAAGUGAUCCCAGAAUAUUUUUUCAAAUUAAUUCCAUAUCUGUAAGCUGCAAACAUUUCCAGCACCGUACCAGCCAAAACAGGUUCAAUGGAAAAGUUGAAGCAGUAAAAACACCGGUGUUAGAGUUUUUAACUUUGAAAGUUCGAGAGUGAAAUUAUGAGACGUGUCCAAAACAAGUAACCCACAAUCGUCGUUCGCUGACCUGUCCACACUCUCGCCCGAAACAAAUCAAAAUUCCCUCAAACUAACUAUGAAAUUGUUCUGAGAACCGCUUGAUCUCAUCUUAAAAUAAUAUGGCAUCAGUAAUGACGAAUAAAUUCGAUUACGUGAAAAAUUUUGAACGGGACGAUCGAUGCUUACCAAAUUCAUGGAUAAUCGUCCGACUGGAUGGUAAAUCAUUCAGUAGAUUUACUGAAAUGCACGGUUUUGAAAAACCCAACGACAAACGAGGACUAGAUUUAAUGACAAGAGCUGCCGUAAACGUAAUGGAAGAAUUACGUGACAUUUGCCUCGCAUAUGGCCACAGUGACGAAUACAGUUUUGUAUUUCGUAAGGAUACUACCACUUUUAAAAGACGUAAUUCUAAAAUAAUGUCAGUUGUGAAUAGUAUAUUCGCAGCAGCUUACGUAUACCAUUGGAAAGAUAUUUUUGGUAUGACCAAAUUACAAUACCCUCCUGGGUUCGAGGCGAUGAUUGUGGUCUAUCCUUCUGAAGUUAAUUUGAAAGAUUACCUCAGCUGGAGGCAAGCGGAACUUCAGCAGACCAAUUUACAUAACACUAUUUUCUGGGCUUUGAUUAAAAAAGGCAAUCGAACUGAACAAGAAGCUCAAGAUAUCUUAAGAAAUUCUGCCCAUAAAAGUGAAAUUUUAUGUCGAGAAUUCGGUAUUAAUUAUCCCAGCGAGCCUGAACUAUUUAGAAAAGGAACCACGUUAGUUAGAAAAUUGAUUCCUAGUCCUGUCGACGGAAAACUGCGCCAGUUCAUACUACCUUUAUAUUGUGAUCUAAUCGGAGAUGAAUUUUGGAAAGAAAAUCCUGAAAUUGUUGGAUUGAAAUCUUUACAAGUAUGUCACAGACCUGUUCAUAUGAACGGAUUUGUGGUGAAUAAACCAAAUAACUCGAAUGAGAAAAUAGAAAAUGAUACGAAUGUUAAAAUGGAGACCGGACACUGAUUAUUAUUUUGUUCACUCAAUAUUUUUGUUAUCGCAACUUUUAAUGGCUGAUUUUAACGUGAUACGUAUAUAUUAUACAUUAUUAUUAUUAUUUUAUUAAAGUUUUUAUUACAAAGUA